CUAGCUAGCUCUGUAGUUGCAGCUCGAGCACCUUGAGAGGGAAGCACACCAAGCUAACAAGCUAGGAAGAGAAACUCCCUUGCAUCCGACCAGCGCGUGACGUGACGCUUGGAUCUCCAUGGACGGCAAAACGCCUCAUCGGCUGCCUCCGAGCGAGGCCAACAAGGAGAUCCAGGAUGACGUCCCACUGGUCUGCGCAUGGGCGCUCAUCAACGCCUUCAGCAUCGUCGUCGGAGCAGCAAGCGGCUGCGUAGCCGCCUACCUCCAUGUCUCGUGCAGCCAGUCCUCCUUCAUUCUGCCGUGCAUCGAGCUGACGGACGCGGAGAAAACCAGGCUAAUCGCCCUCUUCAUCGGGAUGUUGUGCUGCGCCGCGUCCCAGGCGGCCGCGGCCGCGCCGGCGCUGCUGCUCCCACGCCGUCGUCGCUGGGCCCGCCGUGCCCUCGCCUACCUCGCGCUCGCGGUCACCAUCCUCUUCCAUUGCAUGUACGCCAGUUUAGUCUGGAUCCUCCUCGCCGCCGACCCAGGACACAUGUCCGGCAGGAUCUACUACACCGUGAUCAUCUGCUUCAUGGUGGUGUGCGACCUCCUGAGCUGCGUGGCCCUCCUCCUGGAGGUGAUGAGGCGGCGCAAGCAGUGCGUAGCCUAGCCUGUCAACUGAUCAUGUUCGUGGAUCAGCUCAUGAGGUACCGAUCGAUGAGAGCGUACUUCUAGGGAAUAACGUAAAUUAUGCAUUAAGUCUGCUGUGACGAUUGAUGGAGUAGUGCCGUAGUAUUGUAUUUGUGAAUCUAGCUAGCAGUAACUGGUUUAGUGUUAAUAUCCAGAUCGACUCUAGUAGCUACUCCAUUUGGGCUAUAUAUGCUGGCUAUAUAAUUAGACUGGGUGGAUUGUGUGGUUAUGUUUGAUGUAUUAAUUCCGGCUUUUCUCUAUGUGAUCGUUAGACAUGAGUUCUAUAUAUGCUUAAAUUGA